CGCGGAAGAUUCGACGUGUAUUCAGUUCUUCUUGGACAUCCGAUCAGACUUCGCUUACACAUCGCAAAUAUAAAAAACGAAAAAAAUGAAGACCGUUGCAGUUAUCUUCGCCUUCUGCCUCGUCGGUGCUUUGGCACUCACUGAGGAACAAAAAGCCAAAUUGACCCAACACAAGAACGCCUGCAUCACCGAGACCGGUGUAGAUGCUCAGGUGGUCGAAAACGCCAAGACCGGCAACUUCGCAGAGGAUGACGAGAAACUGGCCUGCUUCGCUUCCUGCAUGCUGAAGAAAAUCGGCGUCAUGAACGCUGACGGUACCAUCAACGUCGAAGUCGCCAGGCAGAGGGCUCCAUCCACCGUUCCUCAAGAACAGGUUGAGAGUGUCAUCAACAAGUGCAAAGACACCACUGGACCUAAUGACUGUAAGAAAGCAUCGAACUUGGUGAAAUGUUUCAAAGACAACAAAUCCUUCAACGUACUUAACUAAACUGCGAAUCGAAUGUGGAGAAUUGUUCUUGUAAUUUCAAUUUUUGAAUUGUAAUUCACGUAUUAAUUGGCCGUUGCACUUGUAAAUAUAAAUUAAUAAAUUAACAAGAUAAAUACUUGACAAUA